UCUUAAAUGUACGUGCAGGAGGUCGAUUUUGUACUUCGAUAGACACAGACUGAACGUACGUUUGUGCUGAAUAGGAUGUAAACUGCCAUGGGUAAUGUUCACAUUGCAAUGCACAGGAUGGACGUAUUUGGAAUCGUACAGUUAUGUGCAGUAAAAGAUGACUUGACAAAGAUCUAUACGGAUCACAGCAUUUAUCGAAAAUGUUUCUUUGGAUGCUAAUAUGUGGUUUCUGUCUUCAAGAAUGGACGACUUCCCCAAGUGUUCUGUCUGUCAGCAGCAGUUUACCUUUAAGGGACACGCCCCUUACCUACUGCCCUGUCUACACGCUGUGUGUGAGACGUGUGUGACAUCUGGAGCAGGUGGUGUGAUAUCAUGCUCCACAUGUCAGAGGGAGGUCAACCUCACAAACUCAAGCCUCCAGAAGGAUGCAGUGAGACAGAAAGAAAUCUUCCAUCUGACAGUCAAACAUCGCCCCACAGAGCUUCUCUGUACACACGAAGAUGACGGCAACCAGGCUGUGUGUUGGUGUCAGGACUGUGAAGAGUUACUCUGUGAAUACUGCCAGAACAUACACAGCAACUUCAAAGUUACAAGAAGGCAUGUAGUUCAAAAUUUCGCCGACUUGGAACUGACUUUCUCAACCGUUCCAAAAUUUUGCAGCAUCCAUAAAUAUCACCCCCUUUAUCUGUUUGAUAAAAGCUGCAAGAAAUUAAUCUGUGCGAGAUGUAGAAUUGAAGAUCAUGUUGACCACGAAGUUGAGAAGGUUGAUGUGGCUGCCGAUUCUGUAACAAAGCAACUGGAAUAUCAUAAGAAUGAACUAUCAACCUUACAGACUCGCCACCAGGCAAACAUGCAUAGUAUUAGGCAAGGAACCGAAUCCACUGACGAAACACACAACUCUUUGAAAGAAAAUAUUCGUCACACUUUUCACUCUUUGAGAUCACAACUCAAUCAAAGAGAGAAGGAACUUCUCAUUGAUCUAGAAAAUCAUACGAAGGAGACAAAGGCAGCACAGCAUGCUCUUCUCACCGCCUGUGAAGAAGACAAGAAGACCUGCAAAAGGGUGUUAGACUACAUCAAUAAUGUCUUCCUCUUUGCCUCAAAGUCAGACAUCCUGGGCCUGGAGAGAUAUGUUGGGGAGAUGACUCGGACCUGCCUAGACACUGCCGCGCCUCAAACAUAUGCAGUACCCAGAGCUGUCUUCAACACCAACAGUUUGUCUAAACUUAAAGCGAAUGUAUCAGGAUUUGGUGCCAUUUUGACGAUGGAUAUGGACGGAAAAUCGGAAAUAAUUGCUGACCGGGGUACUCAGACUGAUGAUGACUUUAUGGCAGACGUGGAAAUGAAACACAAAAUGGACAUGGAAGAACUAAAGACGAAAAUCGACUCGGGCGAAAAGCACAUUGAAAGCCUUACAAAGCUGACAGACAAGCUCAAUUCAGAAAUCGAAAGCUUGAAAUCACGCAUUGAUGAGAAAGACGCCAUUGAGAAGAAGGAUGCCAAAACAAUAGAUCUCUUGCUUGGUGUUGCCAGAGAAUGUGGUGUUCAUUUGCUGAAGCCAGGAGCUGUAGACGGAUCUUUGAUUCUGAAGUGUAUACCUCUAAAGUAUGACAAAGACAGUGUCAAUCUCAACAAAGUCCACAUCAACACAGAAGGAGACCUGGUCAACAGGAAGUCGGACACCAGACCUGCAGAAGAGGAGACUGAAGAAGUACACCGGCACAUGCAGCACUGCGCCUCUCCCAAUGAUGGCUGUCCCCAGUACUGGGAGGUAGAGAACAGGGUCAAUCUGGACAAACAACUCUCAGAGAACUGUCUCAUCCUGUCAGUUGGAGUAUGUAGGGAGGAGCAGAGGGACCUACAUCAUCGUAUAGAUGAACGUCCUUACUCCUACUGUAUGAACGUCGCCCAUCUUACUAAGCACAUCGGGUUAUGCAACAAUAUAUGGAAGGAAGGGAAGCGUGUGCUGUGUCUGCCUGACACUCUCCCCAACACAGCAGGGGCAUCAAACACACUACAUUACGGUGUUGUCUAUGAUGACGCCAGGAAGAAGAUUGUCUUCAUUGAUUUGAAGGAGAAGAAAGUCAUUUCGACGUUAGACAAUGUUGACUGUAGUGAACCACUGUGGCCGAUGUUCGGGGUGUAUAACCCACAUCUCCUAACUGUCAGCAUGGGACUUGUAGUGGGCAGCGACAUCAACAUGACGGAGGAGAAGAAAGCCAUGAUUGUCAAGGCGUUGUCAUGAUGGUGACACUGAUGGUGAUUUGAACUCAAAGACAUUCGAAUUUAAUUCUACCAAGGAACACUUCAUAACUUGAUAAUAUCUUCUCUAUGAAAAAGGACGUUUACAAUGAUAACGUACAUGGCAUCGCCAUGUAUUUACAUACAACUCUGUCAAAGUGUACUAUUUACACAACACAAAGCCAAUAGUAGCUACUACAUCCAGUGUGUAUAAUUAUGAAAUAUGAAAUGCAGGAUUCUAAUUCAACUUAGUAUGUAACACGAGUUCUGAUUGGUCAAUGUUAUAAAACCGAUUCACCAAAACCUCCCUAUCCAGCUAAAUGGGUGGAAUGUGUGUUAAAAAAAGACAAAACAGUUUCAUAAAUUUAAUUUUAAGUUAAAACAACUUACUGGCAACAGGCUGUUGACCCAACACUGUUAGAUCAUAAAACAAGAUUCAUGACGUCACUAUGACGUCAUUUCACAACAGAACUGAUAAUAGCCCGUAGUUGGGGAAUCAGCGGGCCGGUCAUUUCUAAUAUCUGGUGAGUGGUUUCAUCAUAUGAUUUAUUCAUCAGAUUUAGACAGUGUGCACAUAAUAAACGUGCUGAAAGUUUGAAUAGGGAACUACUUUUUCUAGCGAUGGUGUAAUUUCAAGGAGUGAUGUGAUUAACCUUUGACCUAGAGGAACUUUGGCCUGGUUCAAAUAAUGAAAAAAAACCAGUGUAAAACGAGUUGAAUUAGAAUUGGGAUAACUGUAUUGUGUUUUGACGAAUGGGGGACGUAUACUGGUUUUUAUAUAGCCGCAAAUUUAACGUGAUAUCGGCUCCGCUUUAGCGUCGCCGAUAUAACUAAAUUUCGGCGUCGCCAAUAUAACGUUAAAUUUGCGGCUAUAUAACCACCGGUAUACGUCCCCAAUUCGUCAAACACAGAACAGUUAUCCCCUAAAUAUGUAUGCGUGGUGAUUAUAAGUUAACACAUUAAACAAAAACAGUAGAAAAUU